CAUCAUUCCCUUAUGCUGCUGCUGUUUGUUACUGCAGACAGUGUAUUCUCAGGGUCAGAAAAACAUCAUGGUUAGCCUCUACGACAUGAUUCAGAACAACACUGGUGCUGCCUUUGCAUGGAGUGGGACAAACAUAGGUUCCCACCCGUGUUCGUGGAAGGGUGUCACUUGCGCCCCGAACGCUUCCUCCACAAUAACCGCCAUUUCCCUUCGCAAGUUUUCCAUUUCUACGCCGGAUGUUUUCCCCCUUCUUUGUGGGAUCAAAAGUCUUGAGUCUCUUGAUCUGUCUGACAACCAGCUGAGCUCAAUCCCGGACGGGUUCAUAGCUGGUUGCGGGGGCAUAAGGGGAUUGAGAGUGUUGAAUUUGAGUAGCAACUUUUUAACUGGCCCUUUGCCUCGCUUUAGGCAGGGGUUUGGUGCAUUGGAGUCACUUGACCUGUCUAAGAACAAUCUGCCGGGGAUUGCCGGUCUUCAAUUGGAUAGCUUGAGCUCGCUCAAAAGUUUGAACCUGAGCUCAAACGGUUUCGUUGGACCCAUUCCGGUUAGUCUUGGAAAAGCCAAUGCAUUGUCGGAGCUUAGGCUCUCUGACAAUGGCUUCGAGGGCGAAAUCCCUUCUCAAAUCGUGAGGUAUGGGAACUUGACUUACGUUGACCUUAGUUUUAAUGAGCUCUCGGGAUCAAUCCCUGAAAGCCUGGGGGAUCUCUCGAGGUUGGAUACAUUGAUAUUGUCAGGUAAUAGUUUAAAUGGCUCAAUCCCACACACUCUUGGGAAAAUCAAAACCUUCUCGCGGUUUGCAGCGAAUCAGAAUGCUUUUGUUGGAAGUGUUCCUGUUGGAUUGACUACUUACCUCAUUAAUGUAGACCUCAGCUUCAAUAGGUUGAAUGGGACAAUCCCUCUCACCCUUUUAUCUCCACCAAAUUUGCAGUAUGUGGAUUUGUCUAACAAUAAUUUGGAGGGUUCCAUACCUACAACCAUGUCAUCAAGUCUUAAUAGGCUCAGAUUGGGAAACAAUUAUCUGUUUGGCCCCAUCCCAGGCAAACCCUUUCGAAGCCUCCAGAAUCUGACUUACUUGGAAUUGGAAAACAACCAUUUGAAUGGAAGCAUACCAGUUGAGCUGUUCUUGUGCCAAAACUUGGCUUUGUUGAAUCUUGCCCAGAAUGAACUGACCGGUUCUUUACCCGUUCAGGUAGUGAACCUCCCGAAUCUUGAGGUUCUGAAGCUCCAAAUGAACCACCUUGUCGGAGAGAUCCCCAGAGACAUAUCGAACCUCUCCAAAUUGCAGAGACUUAAUAUGAGCUGGAAUUCGCUCACUGGCUCUAUACCAGAUUCAAUAUCCAGCUUGAAAAACCUUGCAAACUUGGACUUGAAAGAGAAUAAGCUGAAUGGCUCCAUACCAAAGUCAAUCAGCACCUUAAAUCGUCUGCUGGAACUCGAACUUGGAAACAACAGACUUAGUGGGACUAUUCCACAAAUGCCAAUACAGUUGCAAAUCGCGCUGAAUCUCAGUCACAAUCUCUUCAGUGGAACCAUCCCAACCACUCUGUCUGCGCUAUCUGCAUUGGAGGGCCUGAUUUUGCCUCCCCCAAAACCUGGCCCGAACUCUCAGCCUAUGCCAUCAAAGAGGAAAUUAUCAGUAGCUGUUGUGAUUGGGGUCGCACUUGCCGGUUUUGGGGCUGCUCUAUUUUUGUUUAUAACUCUAUCAAUAUGGAAAGCAUAUUAUCAUUCCGGGGAAAAUGCUUCUUCUUCUUCUCAACCACCACAAGUUGUCCGUGGAAAGCUGCUAACGGCUAAUGGCCUCCACAAGUCUUGCAUUGACUUCAAGAAAGCGAUGGAAGCCGUGACUGAAACCUCAAACAUUGUCUUGAAGACCAGACUAUCAACCUAUCAUAAAGCAGCCAUGCCCUCGGGUGCGAGCUACUUGGUCAAGAGGCUUAACUAUAGUCACAAAAUAAUACAAUUUGAGCAAAACAGUGGGAGAUUCGGGAGAGAGGUAGAGAGGCUUGGGAAGUUGAGCAACUCGAAUAUCAUGACCCCCUUGGCCUACACCUUGACAGCAGAUAGUGUCUAUCUGUUUUAUGAAUUUCCACCUGCUGGGACUCUUUAUGAAGCUCUUCAUCAUCAUGGCAGCAGCAAGCUGGAUUGGGGAAGCCGCUACAGCAUAGCCAUCGGAGUGGCUCAGGGGUUGGCAUUUCUACACAGCAGUAGCUCCAGCAGCCCAAUCCUUCUCCUUGACCUCUCCAGCAAAACCAUUAUGCUCAAGUCCCUGAAGGAGCCCCGUAUUGGAGAGAUUGAAGUCUACAACUUGAUCGCCGACGACCCUUCAAAAGGCACUGGCAAUCUUUCCACUGUUGCUGGUUCAGUUGGCUACAUCCCUCCAGAGUAUGCAUACACAAUGAAGGUGACUAUGGCUGGCAAUGUGUACAGCUUUGGGGUUGUUCUGCUGGAACUGGUAACAGGGAAGCCAGCGGUGAGUCAGGGAACCGAGUUGGCCAAGCUCAUUGUUUCAAGCAAGUCGGGUGAGGAAAACAAGUGGGGUGACAUUAUUCUUGACUUUGAUGAGAGUAAAACAUCUGUUGCCGCCGUCAGGAGGAGGCAGAUGGUGUCUGUCAUGAAGGUGGCUCUCGCCUGUGUUAGCGUCUCGCCGGAGGGCAGGCCAAAGAUGAAGACUGUCCUUAGAAUGCUCUUAAACGCAAAUUGAUUGAAACGCCCCAAGAAAAAUGCACAACGGAAACUUUAGGAUAAAUAAAACUUAGCUUCAGUUGAGUAGGAGGAGCUCUUGUGCUAAUGUACGUAUUCUACGCAGCGAUCUCAUCUCCCCUAUGAUUCAUAUAUGACUUAUAUCAUACGGAGUAUAUAACUAGGGAAUAUGAUUUAAUCGUUCAACAAAUAAAUCAAAAUUGAAAUUUGAACCUAAACAUACCUAUUAUUGGGCAAUCAAAUUUAUGAAAUUUG